CUCAGCUCUCCUCCAGCAGCGGGACCGCUAAAGACUAAUUAAAUGUUACUGUCUCAAGACGCCAGCCACACUGCCAUCCGUAUGCAACAGUUGCACUCUUGGAUCAGCUCAUCUUUUCCACCCGAGCCCUGAAGACGUCAGAUGCGAGUCGUGUAUGGAUUACCGCACUUGGGACUUCCCUGCGCAGCUGACCCAUCUGAAAGCAUCUCUGCCGGAGGAAUAGCAGAUGCCCUCCGCCAGCAUCUUGCAUCAAGAGGUGUGAGCACUGCGCAUAAGCCACCAACCGCGUAGCUGGUGCGGUUCCACCAGCAUGUUCGGCUUCAACGACAAGCCAGCCAGCGUAGACUGGUCCUACUAUGGCGGCGCGGAAGAACUUCCUCCUUCGAUGCAGCGCAUCCCAUCUUCCGCCUCCACUGGCCACGCGUCGUUGUCGUCGUCGUCCCGCGUCAGCCUCUCUCCAGCCGAGGCGAGUACGCCCGCGACUUCUGACGACGAGGUCGAUCUCUCUCUCUCCGAAAAGACCGCGAGCAAACUCAGGCAGCGAACAAAUACGGCAGCAGCGGAGGCAUCGUUGGCAAAGGAGCCUGCAGGCGCCAGUUGGAUCCCAAAUGUUCAGGUACCGCAGGACGAGUCAGACUUUCUUUGGCUGCUUACAGAGGAGCCGCACCGAACGAGACGGCAGGCGAUUAUGAAGGCACACCCGGAGGUCAAACGACUAAUGGGGCACGAGCCGCUCACAAAAUGGGUCUCACUCUCGGUCGUCUUUCUGCAGCUCAGCAUUGCUACGCUAUUCGCGCAUUUUGGUGUCCAUCCUCUCAACUGGAAGUUCCUCUUGACUGCGUAUGCUAUCGGGGGUGCAGCGAAUCAGAACGUCUUUCUCGCUAUCCACGAAAUCACACACAAUCUCGCAUUCAAAGGCAUCAAGGAGAAUAAAGCAUGGGCCAUCUUUACCAACUUACCGAUCGGUGUGCCAUACGCCAUGAUGUUCAAGCGCUACCACAUCGAGCAUCACAAGUACCUGGGCGAGGAUGGCAUCGACACGGACCUGCCGACAAAGCUGGAACUGAUGUGCCUCAAGAACGUCCUCGGCAAGGCCUUCUUCGCCACCUUCCAGAUCUUCUUCUACGCCCUUCGCCCCGGUUUGAUCCGGGCGCAGAAGCUGACGGCAUGGCACAUCCUCAAUAUUUGUGUACAAAUCUCUUUUGACUAUCUGCUGGUCCAAGCAUUCGGAUGGUACCCCAUGUUUUACCUCCUCGAAUCCAGCUUUUUUGCGGGCAGCCUACACCCUUGCGCUGCCCACUUUAUCGCCGAGCAUUACCUUUUUGGGGGGAUUCAGCAGGAGACGUGGUCCUACUAUGGUCCGCUCAACAUUCUCUGCUACAAUGUCGGCUACCACAACGAGCACCACGACUUUCCAUCGGUCCCAUGGACGCGGCUCCCAGCGCUUCGCAAGAUGGCUCCCGAGUUCUACGACUGCCUGCCCUCGCACAGGUCCUGGCCGCUCGUCACGCUGCAGUUCAUCUUUGGCACGGACAGCGGUCUGUUCGCGAGGAUCAAGCGCAAGUCGUCCAAGGAGGACGUCAGCAUCAGCGCAGAGUAAGCGCGCCUCGCGCCCGGCACGCUGUGCUUUGUAUCAUACACACGCUUUCCGCGGCUGUGCUCAUACGAUUCUCCAUGCUGUCAAACAC